UUUUAUAUAUACUGCAGAGGGUUCCACAAAAUGAUUGGUUUUGUCAAUAUUUUUAUGCAAAUACUUUGGGCUGGUUUUGGACCUGGUUGUAGAGAAAAAAGAAGGCUUCAAGUGCUCCCAAAUGUGAGAAGAAGGGUAAGAUUACUCGGUAUCCAUACGAAUCUAUGCUCAGAAAAUAACUCAAUGGUUGUUACUUGGAUGUUUAUGAAUAAAGCUCUCAAGAAACUAACCCACACACAUACGGGCAUCAACGUGAUUCAAAGUAUAGUUUACAGUCGCGGGUCAAACUUAACAAGGAUUUAUUUUAGUCGUUUUUAUAUGUUUGUUCUGGAGAAAGAUGAUGAGAUCAUUGCUGCAGCUUCUAUAAGAAGGAUUUGUCAGCAAGCAUAGCAGGUGAAUCUUACUGAGGUGACCCUCAUCAGGAAGAUUAGUAGAAGCAAAAGAGUAGUAGGGAUCGUUACAGAUGGCAAAUAGUAGGUUGAUACUCCUCAUUGUGGCCAGAUUGAAAGAAACUUAAUGCUCAAAUCUUGGAUAGUCCCUGCCAGAAAUUAUUGGUGUCUGACGAGUGCUACCUAAUAUUCAUUAUUCAACUAAGAUUUAUUUUUACCUGAGGUUUCUCUGUGUUUUUUCUUUGGUUGGUAAACUAGACUCAGUUUUGGACUAAGAUUUAUUUGUUUAAUGUAAAGAUUGUUAUUUAAAAGUAAUAUUAUCUGUGACUCUAAUUCGAUA